AUGAAGCUCAUAAAGAGAGUAAGUCAGUCAGUAACGUGUGUAUUCAUCACACCGGAGUCCUCCGGAGCAGAGAUGGCCUCCGUCAUGGGGUUCCUCAUGUACAGCUGGGUUCUUUUACCUUUCCUUACUGCUGAAGAAGUCCCUGCUCCCUGUGCCUUGCCAUUCAUUUACAACCGCAUGGUCUAUUCCUCUUGCACUGGCGAUGGAAGUGAGAACAAGAAGCUGUGGUGUGCCACCACUGAAAACAAUGACAAGAAUCCCCAGUGGAAAUAUUGUGCCCUUACAGAGUACGGAGGUAAUACUGGCGGACAGGCCUGUGUCUUCCCUUUUGACUACAACGGUCGGACAUUCUACUCGUGCACCAAUGAAGAUGAAGAGAUGGGAAGGUUCUGGUGUGCCACAACAGGGAGCUAUCAUAAACAUGGGAAAUGGAGCUACUGUGCUGAUAAAAGACUGCAUGCAAACCAAAUGGGAUCAUGUGUCUUCCCUUUCAUGUACAAUGACAAAUGCUACUCCUCUUGCACAACAGCUGGGUCAUCUAGCGGGAAGCUCUGGUGCUCCCUCACCAGCAACUAUGAUAUAGACUCCAAGUGGACAUACUGUGCUCCUACAGAACCCCGCCCGUGCCACUUUCCCUUCAUUUUAAAGGGGAAAUCCUACUCUAAAUGCACCAAGGAGGGAGCUGGGGAUGGACAGCUGUGGUGUGCCACAACAGCUAACUAUGACACCGACGGUAAAUGGAAGGCAUGUUCUCAUCUAGAGUAUGAAGGGAGCUCCAAGGGUCAGCCGUGCGUCUUCCCCUUUGCCUACAAGAACCGCACAUUCUACACCUGCACCGAUGAAGAUACUGAGGACGGGAGAUUCUGGUGCGCCACCACUGGCAGUUAUGACAAGGAUGAGAAAUCGAGCUACUGUGCAGACACAAAGUUCUGUAUUUCAGGACAACAUGAAAAUAAUAUGGGGCCCUGCGUCUUCCCUUUUAUUUACAAGGGCAAGACCUAUUCCUCGUGCACAACAGCGGGGGCAUCGACUGGGAAGCUCUGGUGCUCUCUUACCAGUAACUAUGAUAAGGAUCCCAGAUGGACAUACUGCGAACCCUCAGAACUCCGCCCGUGCCACUUUCCCUUUAUUUUCAAGGGAAAGUCCUACUCUGCAUGCACCAAGGAGGGAGCUGGAGAUGGACAGCUGUGGUGCGCUACGACGGCUGACUAUGACAGGGAUAGUGAAUGGCGGGCAUGUGCCCUUGAAGAGUAUGAGGGUAACAGUCAUGGCCAGACCUGUGUUUUCCCCUUCAUCUACAAGAACCGGACAUUCUACACCUGCUCUGAUGAAGAUACUAAAUCUGGGAGAUUCUGGUGUGCCACCACUGGAAAUUAUGACAAAGAUAGGAAGUGGAGCUACUGCGCUGAUACAAGACUAAAUUCAAAUCCUUCAGGGCCAUGUGUAUUCCCUUUCAUCUUCAAAGGAAAGACGUAUUUAUCUUGCACAGCAGAGGAGGAAUCUUGUGGGAAACCCUGGUGUUCUCUCACUGGCAACUAUGAUGAGAAUCCCAAAAGGACUUACUGUGAGGCAUCAGAUCAUUCAGCCUGUACCUUCCCAUUUGUUUUCAAAAACAACACAUAUUCUACAUGCACCACGGAGGGAUCCAGGAUGGACUGGCUGUGGUGUGCCACAACAACCAACUAUGACAAAGACCGCAAGUGGAAGCGUUGCUAUGAGAAAGAACAUGGUGGGAAUGCCCAUGGAAAGCCUUGUAUGUUUCCAUUUGUAUAUCGGAAUCGCAAGUUCUACACCUGCACAGACGAGAGGUCCAAACCCAGGUUGUUCUGGUGUGCCACCACAAGAAACUUCGACAAAGACAAAAGAUGGACCUACUGUGCUGAUACCUUAGAUGUUAUGAAAUGUUCAGAUCUCAUUGCUCUUCUGGGGCCUUACUACACAGUUGCUUAA